AUGCUUAGACGACGAGUUGCAUCCGGUCAACCAUAUCCUAUAUGUGUUCCGGAAUUUUGGAGAGCGCUCUUUGCUGAGUGGAGUGAGCUCGGGGAUGAUCAGGAACGGAUCGAGCAGACUGAAGAUGGUGUACCAAUUCAACAAUCUCAAGAACCGGAUCUUGCCCUUCAUGUCCGGCAAGGAACUACUAUUAGUGCUCCAACGUCACCUUCCAAAAAUGUGCCAGCUUUCCAACAGAGAGCUAAUUCUGUGACAGCCGGUUCCUUAGUAAAAGCUCCAUCAGCCAAAGAUAAACAUAAAACACUUUUAGUUAUUGAUGAUCAGCAUACUGAUUGGUCGAAAUACUUCCGUGGGAAAAGAAUUCAUGGAGAUUGGGAUAUCCGUAUGGAGCAGGCUGAAUUUAAAGAUAUCAACUUAUCUGUGAAUAGUGAAACAGGAGCCACUGUUAGUAUGGUUGUAAACAGAAAUGGAACUAAAGUUGUAAGAUCAUUUCGGCCUGACUUUUUAUUAAUUCGCCAACAUAUACGAGAUGCUGGUCACGAUGACUACCGAAAUCUUUUACUAGGAUUUAAAUAUGGUGGUGUACCUAGUGUUAAUUCAUUACACAGCCUCUAUAAUUUUCAAGAUAAGCCUUGGGUGUUUUCACAGUUGCUUCACAUGCAAAGAAGGUUAGGUAAAGAAAAUUUUCCUCUAAUUGAACAGUCGUAUUUUCCAAAUCAUAAGGAAAUGAUCUAA